AUGGAAUCGAAAUACUGUCACGCCAACUAUUCCAGCGUUACUGUGGAGGAAGGCAAGUACAGCCAUACUAAGGCCACUUGUUGCAAGAAAGAUUUGUGCAACAACGUCACUGUCAAAUUGCCUCCCAAGAACACAGUUCGCAAUGGGCUGCAAUGCCCAUCCUGCUUCUCCAUCAAUUCAGACCACUGCGAUGCCAAGAAGGCAGUCAAAUGCACCCACAAUGAAAAUCGCUGCAUUUACUUUGUCAGUACAAUCACUGUAGGUGGCUUCCAGAACACCACUGCUUUGAAAGGUUGUGCAACAGAGGCCAGCUGUGCUACCAAGCCUGGAGUGAUCGUGCUGGAUGAUGGCUUUUAUGUGAACAACAUCACGCGGUUGGAUUGCACUCCAGCCGCACCAUCCCCUACUAAGGGCUAG